GCAGAAACGCGCGUACAUGUACAAUGAGAGCAAAAUAAAUGACCACCAUUCGAGCAGUCAGAGGGGUAGCAAAAUCGGCAUUGGCGGUGGUACAACCGGCGGUGAGGACCUGGUUGCCGGCGUCAAUUCUACCGUUAACAACAAGCGGGGUAGCAAGGCGAGCGCCAUCUCGGAAGAACCUGGUCUACUUAUCAAAAGGAAAAAUCCCCCCACCCCAUAUUGAAAAGGUAGGUUUUCGAAAAUUUGUGUUGCUGAUUUGAGGUCACAAAUCACGUUUGUGUUGCAAGAAGACAAGGGCAGCAGCUUCCGUCCCAUUAUGGAGGCGGUUUGUCAUGCUGUUGAGCCAACACCACGGACGCUUUUCAUGCUAUGCGCCUAAGUCAAAGCCUCUCUGCUCAGGCUUGAUAUGGGUCUGCAGUCCUCUCCAGCAAGACAGAUAUGAUUUGCGUACUCAAAUACAGCAACACACAUUCCGCUUUCGAUAUGGGGAGGGGGGAUUUUUCCUCACAAUACUCCUUGAUCCUACUGCUACAGAUUUUGCUCCGCGGAGGCCUCAGGGACAACUACACGGAAAUAAAAUCGUACGACCGCCGCGUGGUGUAAAGCCAGAGGGCGCGGCAGAUCCGAUGUCCCACUCGUGGACGCGGCAAGAUUACGGCAAUGAUCCGCGCUAUAAUGAUCCAGCAGGUUUGCAGCAGCAGCCUACCAGCCAGUUCGUGAAUGUCAGCUCUGGAUCAGGAACUACCGGCGCGUCAAGUCCAAGCGCGGAUAGCAUGCUUCCCUCGCCAACGCCCACCCCGGGGUCUUACCAAGAAUCCGUUUUCCAGAACAAGUACGGCGGUGGAGGCAGCAGCAGUAGCCCAAACAGCGCGGGGACGGUGUUUACCGGCGACGAGAGCGGUGCGCAUUUGUUUCAUCAGCAGGAGGACAACAUCAACAAUUGGAUG